AUGUAUGGUACGGUAGUCAACAAUGAUGGUUCUGAAUAUGUGGCAAGAGUUAUGGAGCCUCACCCUCACCUUUAUCAUGUUCUCUCUAGGUACCAACACUUACCUGACACAGUUGUAUGGAAGUUCUGCACGAGUGUGGCACAGUUGAAGAACCCUGCUACCGGAGAAUCCAUCGCGUAUUCGCAGGCACAUGAGACAGAAGUAAUUUGCAAUUGCGUUGCCAAGUACCCCAUGCCCGUUCAGGUCACCAAUGAAGUCGGUAGAAUAGUCAUUGCAUGUCCGUGUGGUGUUCUCGCUAGUGUUUUGGCGGUCUUGUUUGGGAAAAUGCUGGUGAAAGGUGGGCCAACGGUGCACGCGAUCAGUAUCUUAGGGGGAGUUUCUCGUUACUGA